AGCAGCAGCGCCGGUGAGCAGCCGCCCAGCGCCCAGCGCUCAGCCGGGAGGGCAGGCGGCUGCAGCAGCCUCCAGCGCCCCUAGCUCCGCCCUCAGGGCCGUCCCAGGUGCUCCCGCUCUUGGCCCGGGCUGGAGCCGCCGAGAACCUCCGCUCUGCUCAGCUGCGCGCAGCCCCGGGGAGCCCUGCACGGCUCGGGCUGGUACCUCCGCCCCGCCGGGUCCCUGUGCUCCUGCCCUCUAGCCCGCCCUCUGCAGCCGGCGCUGUCUCAGGCUGCGCCCAAGAGAUGUUGUGAUGUGUAUGGAUAAGCACUGAGAUUUGGUACACCUGGAUGAUGUCCCUGUUAUCAAUCCCAAUGUGCUACGGUGCUGAUUGAAAGUAGGUUCCAGAAGGAUUAACACCAUACAUUGUGUCAAUGACACAUUCUUUGGGCUGAGAAUUUCUAUGCCAAGUUUAAAACCCAGGUUCAACAGUGUGACCAAUCUUGAUUCAUACACUCACAGCAAAGCCUCCAUCUGUCUCAUGGAUUAUAGAUCUAAAUUGAUGGCUUCAGUAACAGAUGCCAGAUACAGACACAAUGAUGCUUCAGACCAAAAUUUCGAUUAUAUGUUCAAACUCCUGAUCAUUGGCAACAGCAGUGUGGGCAAAACGUCCUUCCUCUUCAGAUACGUCGAUGACACUUUCACACCAGCUUUUGUUAGCACAGUCGGAAUUGACUUCAAAGUGAAAACGGUUUACAGGAAUGACAAGCGGGUGAAACUGCAGAUCUGGGUAAGUGCUGGCACUUGCCAAAUAUUUUAUUUAAACCUGAGCGAAGAUAUAUCAGAAAAAGUAAUCAUAAAUGCUAAGAACAAAAUAAUUUAA